AUGGCGCACCCUUCCUCUCAUGCCUCCACAACCCUAGUGGUCGUGGGCGCUGGUCCAUCCGGACUGAUGCUGGCAUGCAAUCUAGUCCGCUACGGAAUUCCCGUCGUGAUUCUCGAUGACCGACCCGACAAGACAUCGACUGGCAAGGCGGAUGGCCUGCAGCCCAAGACCAUCGAGACCUUCAAACAGCUCCGGCUAGCAGAUUCCCUCCUUCGCAAUGGUGUCCGUGUGUACGAUAUCUCGUUCUGGGAAUCCACCGAGAACACCCCGCUGCACCGAAAGGGUCGACAGGAACACUACCCCGACCAUCUGGUAGGAGCGGCAGAGCAAUAUAUUCUUCUGGCGCAUCAAGGGAUGAUCGAAGAAGUGCUCAUUGAGGAUAUUGAAGCACGCCGAGUGCGGGUUACUCGCAACAGCUGCUUUGUAUCUUGUUCACGUCGGCCAGAACAGAAAGAGCUGACUGUCACUUACGAGGAUCUAUCUACAAAAACGAAAAGGACGAUUCACGCGGAAUACCUGGUCGGAUGUGAUGGUGCUCGUUCCAAAGUACGCGAUUUCAUUCCUGAUGCGAAGCUUGAGGGAGAAAUGACGAACGCUUCCUGGGGGUGGGUCAUUGAAACCGACUUUCCGGACCUCUGGAGUAAAGUGGCUGUUCGAUCGCAUUCGGUAGGCUCUAUUCUGUGGAUUCCUCGGGAGCGCAAUAUGACAAGGUUAUACGUCGAAUUGAGCUCCACUGAAGGGGAGCGAGUGGACAAGGCCAAAGCAACGCCGGAGUAUGUCAUGACGCUGGCUAGGAGGGCCAUGGCGCCGUUCAAGCUGGAGUGGAAGUCAAUAGAAUGGUUCGGGAACUACGUGGUCGGCCAACGAGUUGCCAGUCACUUUAACGACGACGAGAUGCAAAUCUUCAUUGCUGGCGAUGCUGGACAUUGCCACUCUGCGCUGGCCGCGCAAGGAGCCAAUACCAGUAUGCACGACAGCUUCAAUCUCGCUUGGAAGCUCAAUCUGGUCUGUCGAGGACUGGCCAAGAGGUCCCUGCUCGCCACAUAUGAAGAUGAGCGCCGUAAGAUUGCUAUGGAUCUGAUUCGCUUCGAUGUAGAGCACUGCGACGCCUUUGAACAAGGCGAGGCCGCGCUGGCCAAGAAUUUUGAUGACAAUAUUCGCUUCAUCUCGGGGGUCGGCGCAGAGUAUUCUAUGGGCCUGUUGACACAGAUUCAAUCUGACAAAUUCACUGGGGGAGGGCUUCGCCCCGGAGCGCUGCUGGAACCGGCAAAAGUGACUCGAUACAUCGAUGCGAAUCCGGUCGAUAUCCAGCUGGACAUUCCGAUGCUCGGGCAAUUCCGAAUCUAUCUAUUGGUUCCAAAUAUACUAUCCGUGAAGAGCUUCCUUGGUGCAUUUUGUGCCAGAUUGAAGAACCCCAAGUCGGUAUUGGGUCGGGUAUCCGCUCUCGCGCAGCAGUCGUACAACGAGAAACCGCGAGGGAAGGCAGCGUCUGACAAUUACAUUCAGCCACAGAGAUAUACAACUGUUUCCCACCUUUUCACACUGUCUCUUGUCACCAAGUCAUUGAAAUCUGAUUUUGAGCUCAGCGAUCUGCCGGAUCUCCUGCAACAGAGCCGAUGGACCUUGUACCUGGAUGAUGCGGAUGAGAAGCAGUGUACGGACAAAUGGGUGGGAAAGUUGGAUAGUGAUGAAGCUGCCAUCAUCAAUGUCCGACCGGACGGAUACGUGGGAUCUCACAGUUUAUGGAGGGAAACGGAAGGGGACAAAGCUGCCGACUGGGUAGAGGAGUAUUAUGGCUCAUUCCUGAUAUAG